AUUUUAUAGCUCAUUACAAAUGGAAGUGCACAAGAUCGACUACCCCUUGCUAGAAAACUGUCUCAGUCAGGCUCAAAGCAAAGAACAUGUUGCAGAGCUGUUUUUGAACUGCUGAAGACUCAGUAAUGAAAUCUCUCAGUUCAGGCUUGACUGUUCACACUCAUCGAUUCAGGACAUCUGCACGAACUUCAGCUUGGCCAGCAACCAAGACGCUAUCAACUUGAUCUGGACCAUCAACAGCUUUAUCUGAAAGUGUUUGUCAGAGGGUGCAGAGAACUGUGCCAACGGAAUCCCUGACUCGUUCAACUCGAAGCUGAAGAAACUGAUCUUCAAGAUUUACCUGGCCUAUGAGUCCGACUUCAAAGCUUACUACACAGAAACGUUUACGUCGUUGCCAAAGCUGAUCGACCUCGACUACAGAAUCGACCUGAAGCAGUUCAACCGCAAGAACGAACUCGUGCAACCAGGCGACGGCGAGAGUACGAGGCAGGCUGUGCUGAAGCUGGACUUGUCACUGGAGCAGACCGAAGGCAAGCAGCACAUGAAGAACACGAAGCUGGAGAUAUCGAAGGACCAGCUGAACGAGAUACUGAACAGUUUUGAGAAGAUAAACCAGCAGCUGACAGACUUCACUGGGUAGAAGAGUCAGAAUUCAGCUUUAAUACAUCUUUAACUAGAGCACC